UUUUAGUGCACAGCCAGACAGACAGACGGAUAGACAGUAACUGACCCUGAAGUGAUAGUGAGCAGAGAACUGGCAGUCAGUCUGUCAGUGAUCGAGAGACAGAAGCAUGAGGCAUACUAUGUGGAGACUAGUGCACUCAGUGGUCAAGUCACACCAACACUCUCAGCUCCGCUUCGCCAGCACCUACCUGCAGAAACAACGGCUCAGAGAUGCUGCAGCCUCCAUCAUCCUCAACGACCCAGUCCCUUCUACUGAGUACUCCCAGGACCUGCAGCAAGAUUUGGAGGAGUUUAACUCCUUGUUUCCAGAGAUAGAACGGGACUUGUCAGAAACUACCAGCCGCUAUGCAGAUGCAGAGAUGGCCAACAAGUGGUUCCAAAAGGUGCUCCAGUACAACAUGACAGGAGGUAGCAAGAGCCGAGGUCUGGCUGUGGUGCAGUCCUACAGGAUACUUGCGGCUCCGGAAGAUGUAAUUCCGGAGAAUGUUCGGCUUGCACAAAUCAUGGGCUGGUGCCUUGAACUGCUCCACACCAGCCUGGUGUUGACACAGGAUCUGAUAGAUCAGGCCAGGGAGAGGCGAGGUAAGCCUUGCUGGUAUCUUCAGAACCCGCGCCAGGCACCGGAUGGCGCAGCCCGGCUCAUCGAAAGUGCCGUCUACAAGCUGCUCAAGAAGUACUUCCGCAAAAAAGAGUACUACGUUGACGCUCUUGAACUUUUCCACACGGUCGGAGAGAAGGCUAUGUUGGGGAAAGUGUUGGACAUGGAGACAAGGGGAGACCCCACACUAAGUCAGUUCGAUAUGACGACGUAUAACACCAUCUCCAAGUACAGGAAUGCCUACCACUCCUUCAAACUGCCUGUUUCCCUUGCACUGUACAUGGCAGGGAUCAGGAUCUCAGAGUUGCACAGGCAGGCACGAACCAUCCAGUUGGAAAUGGGAAACUUCUAUCAAGCACAGUGUGAUUUCUUCAACUGCUACGGAGGUGGAAGAUGGCAUCAUAAGCGGCCCGGACACGACAUCGAGGAUGGACGCUGCACUUGGCUCAUCGUGGUGGCUCUGCAGCGAGCCACUCCCACCCAGAAAAAGGCUCUCAUUGAGAACUAUGGAAAGCGCGAUGAAGAGAAGGUCAAUAGAGUGAAGGAGCUUUACGGAGAGAUUGGAAUCCCACAGACGUACAAGUUGUACGAGGAACACAGCUACGAACUGCUUUGUAAUCAGAUACAACAGACGUCGAGCAAGUUGCCCCACCACCUGUUCUUCCGGUAUCUGAAGACCAUGACAGGUCGAUGAGCACGUCAGAAGAACGACUACUAGCCAUAGUAGAGUUUCAUCUAGCUAUCCAGAACAGAACUUUAGGACAAUUACUACAGGCAUAUUUUUUAUUUAAAUAUUUUUUUUAAUACUUGAACAUGUUGCUCAACAAAAGAAACCAUUUCCAAUUUUUCCACUUUGCACCCAUACAUCUGGUUAGAAUUAAUAACUUAAAAUUACCUUCAGAAUUAGGUAGUACUAAAAUUUGUACUAAAAUUUACUAAAAUAGUACUAAAAUUACAGUGUUUUAUUUUUUAAGAUGAUCCAGUUCAUAAAAAUCGCUGGACAUUUAUGCUCUGAAUCUCAUUAGUAUUAAUUCCACAAUAACAAAAACUUUUAGAUUAAAUCUGCUAAUUUUACUUAAUUACCGAUAAUGUAAAUCUCGCUUUCACAAAAAUCUGUAGUGUAUCAAAAUUUUAUUAUUUCCCCUGAGAUUGGUAUUACUGAGAUUCCACUGUACAAAAACAUUAUAUUUAGCAAUAACUUUAUUUUAUUUUUUGUGAUUUAAUUUUAGGUUUAAAAAAAAUGGAAAUAUUCAGCUUAAUUUGCCUGUCUUGGUACUGCUAACAAUUACCGUGAAGAAAUGGAGACCAAGUCCACACCUAACUAUUGGGUAGAUCAGAGGAUUUUCUUUGUUUAUAGAUUCUAUUUCUAAGUACGUUUGUUAUCAUCAGGAUUUAUUUGUACAGAAAAUAUUUAUUAAGAUUAUAUUGUUUUGUAUCAAAACAUA